GUCGUCGUCGUCGUCGCCAAUCCGAUAAUGCGGGAGAUAGUCCACAUCCAGGCCGGACAGUGCGGCAACCAGAUCGGUGCCAAGUUUUGGGAGGUGAUCUCGGACGAGCAUGGCAUCGAUCCGAGCGGUACCUAUUGCGGGGACUCGGAUCUGCAGCUGGAGAGGAUCAACGUCUACUACAACGAGGCGACCGGCAAUAAGUAUGUUCCGCGUGCGAUCCUCGUCGAUUUGGAGCCGGGAACGAUGGACUCCGUUCGCUCGGGACCCUUCGGACAGCUUUUCCGACCUGACAACUUCGUCUUCGGUCAGUCCGGAGCUGGCAAUAACUGGGCGAAGGGUCACUACACUGAGGGUGCGGAGCUAGUCGACUCCGUCCUCGACGUGGUCAGGAAGGAGGCCGAGAGCUGCGACUGCCUGCAAGGAUUCCAGCUAACGCAUUCCCUGGGCGGCGGUACAGGUUCGGGGAUGGGCACCUUGUUGAUCUCGAAGAUUCGCGAAGAGUACCCGGACAGGAUCAUGACGACGUUCUCCGUGGUGCCGUCGCCGAAGGUUUCUGACACCGUGGUCGAACCGUACAACGCGACCCUCUCCGUUCAUCAGCUGGUCGAGAACACCGAUCAAGUUUGCUGCAUCGACAACGAGGCGUUGUACGACAUCUGCUUCCGCACCUUGAAACUGUCGACGCCUACGUACGGGGACUUGAAUCAUCUGGUGUCGGCGACGAUGUCGGGGGUGACCACUUGCCUCAGGUUCCCCGGCCAGUUGAACGCGGACCUGAGGAAGCUGGCGGUGAACAUGGUCCCGUUUCCGCGGUUGCACUUUUUCAUGCCAGGCUUCGCGCCUCUCACGUCCCGCGGCAGCCAGCAGUACAGAGCGCUCUCCGUGCCGGAGCUCACCCAGCAGAUGUUCGACUCGAAGAACAUGAUGGCUGCCUGUGAUCCGAGACACGGACGAUACCUCACGGUGGCCGCCGUGUUCCGCGGUCGGAUGUCGAUGAAGGAAGUCGACGAGCAGAUGCUCAACAUUCAAAACAAGAACAGCGCGUUCUUCGUCGAAUGGAUCCCGAACAACGUAAAGACUGCCGUCUGCGACAUCCCACCCCGCGGCCUGGCGAUGUCCGCCACCUUCAUCGGCAAUUCCACCGCCAUCCAGGAACUGUUCAAGCGGAUCUCCGAACAGUUCACAGCUAUGUUCAGGAGGAAGGCCUUUCUUCACUGGUACACCGGCGAGGGUAUGCACGAGAUGGAAUUCACCGAGGCCGAGUCGAACAUGAACGAUCUGGUCUCGGAGUACCAGCAGUACCAAGAAGCGACCGCGGAAACCGAGCCGGAAUUCGACGAGGACGAAGAGAUGGAGAAAUGAGAAGCACGCGGGAGAUCGACCGCCGAUUCAAAAUUCUUCCCAGUACAUCGCCACCGCUCCCGGCAACCGAACUUUUACAUUUUUGUACCGUAUCAAAACGAACUGUUCUCCUACCACACUUGUACAUUCAUCGUUUUACGACCGUUUUUCGAACAGUUUUUACAUGUAUCUACACACACACCCUGGAAACUGCUCCCACAGUAUCUUACAAGCGAUAUUUCGUGUAUACCACACAUAGACGACACGCGUCACUACACGUGUGUACACAAGAAACAGGUCACGUCACUACGUGUAUACGUAUCUUGUAAUGUAAGUAAUCUAGAAAAAUUGUAUUAUCUGUCGUGUUGAAUUUAUAAUAGAUAUUCUUUUUCGCACAUCAAA